AUGUCUUAUUCCUACUCUUUCUCUGAAGGUCGCGGCUGUCCUUUUGGCCGCCCUCCUCCUCCUCCGCCCUUUGGCUACCACCAUGGUUCCCAUGGUCCUCAUGGACCCCAUGGACCCGGUGGCUUCGGUCCCAGAGGACCCCCUCCUUUCGGCCCUUCGCCUUUUGAUCACCACGAUCGCCACGACCGUCAUCACGGCCCCGGUGGCUUCGAUCGUCACGGAGGACCCCAUCCCUUCGACCACGACCACCAUGAUCGCCACGACCGCCACCACGGCCCCGGCUUCCCUGGUCGUCGCCCCGGUCCUCCCCCUGGUCCCUCUCCGUAUGGACCUCUCCCCCCUCCCGGACACUUCGGUCGCCACGGCCAUGACGACCACUUCGAAGGACGCCAUGGUCCCCAUCGACACGGACGCCACCGCCAUGGCCGCCGUGGCCUCCACGAUCGCCGUCCUGAUGCCGAAGCAGAGCCUGCCUCUGCCACAUCCACCGAGACCGCUGCUGGUGAGCCCUCCGCUGUCGCCGAAGAGGCUGCAGACGGUCCUUCUUCGACUGAGCGAAUCGUCUUAGUCGAGCUCGAGGAUGCCACUAGCACCUCUGGCCGCGCGACCCCCGAUGAUCCCGACGCUGAAAACGACAGCGAGGCUUCCUCCGACUCGGAGAGCGACUCGUCGUCUUCAUCGUCUUCUGGCUCCGAGUCUGACGACGAGCAUCCCCCUCACCGCAGACACUGUCAUAAGCGCCACCAUCGUCGCCCCAGUCACGGUGGAAUGCCGCCUUUUGAUUUCCAUGGACGUGGCAUGGGCGGCAAGCGCAGACGCCACGAUGAUUUCGAUCACUACUUCAGACCGGGUCCCUGGCACCCGGACUUUGAUCAUGAGCCUCACUUUUACGGAGAGUUUGAGGGGGCACAUGGAUUCCCUGGACGACACCCUCAUGGUCCUCCUCCUCCCGGCCCCCCUCCCAUGGGCCGUCCUCCCCACCACGGCCGUCGUCCGCACAUGAGCGAGUCUCAUGAGCGCGAUCACUUUGAUCCCUAUGACCACCACGAGCACGGUGAGUUUUCAGGUCAUGGCCCCCGCGGACGUUUUGGCCCUGAACGUCCUCCUUUCGGAUUUCACGAUCGUCGUCCCGAAUACCACGAGCCACAUGACCGGGAGUUUCCCCCGUUCGGGUAUCGCCGCUUUUACUAUGAGUAUCCGCUUGCUGGUAUGCCCCCUCCACCUCCUCACCGCCGCGGCCACCACGGUCACCGCGGUCACAGAGGACAUGGUCACGGGUACUGA